AUGAACAAAUACCCAGAAAGAAGGAACAUCAGCCUCAGUAAUAAAGAAGAAGGUCCAGAGAAAAUUAUCAAGAAAGGAGUAAUACCUAAUUCUAACAUUCGGAGUCCUCAUAAGAAAAUUGUAUCAUACAAAACUCUUAACAGAAGAUCCAAGUCUAGAGUGAAAGCUGACCUUGAAAGUGUAGAUGAAUCCUUAGAGGAACCUGAGUCAUUUCAGAGUAAUUUGAGGAAUAGAAAAAUCUUAAAUACUAACGAUCCUCCUCAGAGAAAAAUGAUCGAGAAACCCUUCCAACAAAUAAAUUCAAAUAAAACAUUUGAAAUGGAGAAUAUUGAGGGAAGUAAGACUCCUAAUAACUGACAUAAUGAAGAUCGUUAUAAGCAUGAGGAACCUCAAAAGCAAGUAAAUAGAAAGGAAAGAGAGAAUUAUAAUAUAUCUUAUAUCGAACAGAAUAAGCAGAACAAGGAUAUUUCUGGAUUAAUGACAAACAAGAAUAUGUUAAGCAGUUAUAAAUCCCAAAAGGCACUUCGGAAAUUCAAGAAGUCUCCUCAAAGAGAAUAUUCGCGGAUAAAACAAAAUCUUAACAAGCAAGCCAAAAGUCCUGCUGAUAAGCUGCUCAAUAACUAUAAGCAUAAGCAUGAUGACAUCAAGUCCAAGAAAAGCUCUUUGCGUCCGUCUCCUCAUAAAUCAGUUAAAACUCUCAGAAGCACUUCGCCUCCGUCUAAGUUCGGCUUGCAAGAUGCUGAGACUCCGAUGGACAUGUACAAAAUGAAGCGAUUCCAGCACAGAAAGCUCCACAAGCACAAUCCUAACAUUGUGAGUCAGCUUAAGCAGCAGAAUGACUCGAUUGAUGAUGCUCCGAAAGCCAACAUCGUCCGUCCAAGCAUCAGCAGAAUCAAGUACGGGUCACAGCCUAAUUUGCACACAGAAGAUCACAAAGAGCAUCAUAAAGUCGAAGACAGCCUCAACAAGCUAAGUAUGAAAGCCCAGUACAAAAACCCUAAAAUCAAAGACUUGUUGUCAGGUCGCAGAAUGCCAUACGAAGAAGCUUUGAAUUACAGCAGUCUGAGUCAGAGCAAAAGCCACAAGUUCUUGUCGCCGAAUGCAUUCUCAAAGCUCCAGCAUGACAAAGCCAAACACAGAAACAGAAAAGACAGCAGGCUCGAGCACAGUCCGAGCCAGCAAAGUGUGUUCGAGCGGCUUCACAACGAGAAAGCCGAAAAGCUACUUAAGAUCGAGGCUUUGCAAGAAGAAGCCAAACUCCGCGACUCUGCUUCCAGACAUAACAGUGUCGAGCCUCACAAGUCGAAGUCAGCUGACAAACGCAGAAGGAAAUCAUCAAGGUCUCCAGACGACUUCUACAAAAAGCAGAUGGACCUCAAAAUUGAUUCUGACCGAAGACUGGCGUUACAAGCCAGACAGCACGAAAUGGAACAGAUAAAGCAGCUUAACCAGAACAGGUCUCGGAGUAGACACAGAAAGAAGAGCGCCAACCCCAACUCUGAACUGUACAAGAAUGUUCAUGAAAGACUGUUCCAUGGAGCCAGGGACAGGUCGAGAUAAAACAAGCACUCGAACAUGACCCCAAACAGCGAAAUUAUGAAUCUGUAGGGAAUCUUAGCAUUUCAUCACUAUCUAGAGGCGAGUUUAACAAGCAUCCUUCUCACUUUCAGCACU